AUGUCAGCGACUGAUAACACAUAUCGAAACGAGGUUGGUGGCACUGCGGUCGGAGGCCCUACGGUCCCUGCCACGCAGCACGAGAACCGCGAUACGGGAUACGCAAGUGGGUAUGGAAAUGAGGGUGAAAAACGUAAAGCGAAAAAGGGAGCAGCCAUUUUCGGCCUUGCAGUGACGGACUUUUUGUUGAUAUCGCUGCGUUUCUGGCAAUUCGCUUCGAGUGUGAUUGUUUUAGGACUGUUGGGAUAUGCUAUAAAAAGCUACGACUACCAUGGCAGCAGAAAAACCAAUUAUGGUUUGGCGGUUGCCGCCAUUUCGACUUUCUACUUGCUGCUAUUGUCGCUUUUGGGCCCUGUUUUGCACCGGUUCCUAUUACCGGGGCUAUACUUGAUUAUGGAGUUGAUUUUAAUGAUUUUGUGGCUGGUGGCAUUUAUCGUACUGGCCAAGGCACACGGCUCCAGAUCGUGCGGGCUUAGCACCACGAGCAGCUACCAGCCUCGCUAUGGGUCAUUUAGCGAUUUUACCAAUUCUGGCGGGUCCUACGAUCCUUUCACGUCAAAGUACACUUCCAACCCACACACCCGGGCAUGUCACAGCUCCCAGGCGUCUAUUGCUUUUGCGGGCUUGGCGUUUGUAUUGUUUGUGAUCAGCAGCAUUUUGAUUGGCCUGCUAGUGAUGAAGCCCCUUACCUACCGUGGCGGAGGGUCUAAAGCAUUAUGGACACCAUACUCCAAUUCUGGACUGAAACUCAACCCUUGGACCGGACUAAGAGUCAGUGAUGCUAAUCGCAACGAUGCAGAAGCUCUCGCAAACAACAGAGGUGGCAAUGCUGCAGGUACCGGUGCCGGUGCUGGUACAGGUGUGGGCCAAGACCAACACACCUUCUCUACUGGCGAUUCAACCUACAACGGUACCCAUCACGAUAAAAUGGUAGACCCCGACCACAGACGCAACGUGUCUGGUGUCACGGAUAUGGAACCUGGAGCCAAUAACAAUCCUACCUACACCGCUAAUAACCCAGCUACCGGUGCUACUAAUACCAAUGCGACUCAUAAUACCACAUACGCCUCCAACGAGCCGAUUGUCACAGACCCUUCCCCAAACGCCGCCCCGGCUACCACUGCUAACCGUAUUUAG